AGAGACUCGAUAGUUAUGUUCAGUUUGUUAUUAUUGUUGAUGUUGCAAUGCUAAUUAAAUGAACUUGUCAGAUGCAUCAUCUGUGUUCAGAUGGAGAACAGAAUAUGACAGAAUCAUGUUUGUGCGCUGAUGAUCUCGUUCAUUUGAACUAUUUGCUGCUUAACAUCUGAUGACAUAUGAAGCACAUGCAUCAUUCAGAAGAUCACAUUCCUGGCAAAUUAAUUGAUCGUAGUUAGCACAAACUUUUCAUGCAUCAUGUCCAGUCGAGGAGGGAAGAAGAAGAUCUCCAAGACGUCCAGGUCUGCGAGGGCCGGCGUGAUCUUCCCUGUGGGACGGAUGCUGCGCUAUGUUAAAAGAGGGCUUCCCAAAUACAGGAUUGGUGUUGGAGCUCCAGUCUACAUGGCUGCGGUACUGGAGUACCUGACAGCUGAGAUCCUGGAGCUGGCAGGCAACGCAGCCCGAGACAAUAAGAAGAGCCGCGUCACUCCCAGACACAUUCUCCUAGCCGUCGCCAACGAUGAGGAGCUUCACCAGCUGCUCAAAGGCGUCACCAUCGCUGCCGGAGGAGUUUUACCCAACAUCCACACAGAGCUGCUGUCUAAGAAGAGAGGAGCGAAAGCAAAGCUGGAAGCCGUCAUCACUCCUCCACCAACGAAGAAGUCCAAGACCGCCAACCACGCAGCUGUCAAGAAACUGGGCUCUAAAAACUCCUCUGGAGUAAAGAGACGGGCUGCGAUGGCUAAAGCAGUGACCAGCUCUACAGCGGGCGGCUCGGCCGAUGGUCUCACUGUCCUCUCCUCCAAAAGCUUGUUCCUCGGCCAGAAGCUGCAAGUUGUGCAAGCUGACAUUGCCAGCAUCGAAAGUGAAGCGGUUGUUCACCCGACCAACUCCACCUUCUACAUGGGUGGUGAAGUAGGCAGUGCUUUGGAGAAGAUUGGAGGAAAGGAGCUUGCUGAAGCAGUUCUGGAGCUACGCAAGAGCAACGGCCCUCUGGAGGUGGCAGGAGCGGCCAUGACCUCAGGACACGGUCUUCCUGCCAAGUUCGUCAUCCACUGUAACAGUCCGGGCUGGGGCUCAGAUAAAUGUGAGGAGAUGCUGGAGAAGACGGUGAAGAACUGUCUGGCUCUCGCUGACGAGAAGAAGCUCAAAUCUGUGGCCUUCCCUUCCAUCGGCAGCGGCAGAAACGGGUUUCCCAAGCAGACGGCCGCUCAGCUCAUUCUGAAGGCCAUCUCCAGCUACUUCGUGGCCACCAUGUCGUCCUCCAUCAAGACGGUGUUCUUUGUGCUGUUUGACAGCGAGAGCAUCGGGAUCUACGUGCAGGAGAUGGCCAAACUCGACGCCAACUGAAGAAGACCAUCCUCUGACGAUCUCAGAGCUGGAACUAGGAUUAUUUUAUGCCUGAUGAUGAAGUUUGGGGGGUAAAAUAUUUGGGCUACUUUUAUUAGAACAGCAACAGUUUGAGGCUUUGGUUUGAUUUUUAUCAGCGGGAUUGGGCUUUGUGUACUGCAUCAUUUUCUCUAGUUUGCUCUGUUGUUUCAAUAUAUAAUGUGUAUCACAAUUUUAAUUUGCAUAAAACUAUAUCUAUAUAUAUAUAAAGUGUGAAA